AAGUGCAAUAUGGAGGUUUAGUAACUUAGUUUGCAUUUUGAUAUUGACCUGAAUGAAGAAGCCUUUCAAGCAUGUGCCAAGCCGAAAGAGAGAGCUGAUGUUGUUGCAUUGGUCCAACGGAAAAUCUGGCUGGGAACUAGCGAACAUUGUUGAAUGAUAUUUUGGUUGUUCACACUGAGUUGGUACGUUUAACAGAAAUAAGGACCCUUCUGUGGAAAUAUUUAACAACCAAGUCUAUAGAAAAAGCAAUAAUUGAAUACUUUGAACAAAAAGGGGAAUGGACCGGCACUACGAAGCCAUUUACACCACAAUCAUAGGAAUGAUUUAUGUACCCAGAACCAGUGAGAAAGCAAGGAAAUUGUGUAACCCAUAAUACCCAGUUAAAGAUCUCGUGGAACACAACCCAAUGUACCUUCUUCCCAAUCUUUUUCCCUCACCUUGAUGAUGAGUGCAACCUCUAUAUAUUCAUCAAUCGUAUUCAUCCAUUCACCCACAAAGAAGCCACAAACCCAACAAUGGCCAAGCCAAGUCUACUGCUUCACUUCUUUAUCUUCUUUUUCAUGAUCCUGCCUUGUCUCUCUUGUCCUGAAUGCCAAAAGGAAGCCCUUCUCCAAUUCAAGUCCUCCACCCUUUCUAUUUAUUCUUCAUUGCAUGCCUUGGACUCAUGGGAGUUCAGUUCAAGUUGUUGUCUAUGGGAUGGAGUCAUAUGCAGUUCUCCUCUAAAUUCAACUUCAAGGGCAGUGAUUGCUCUUCAUCUCUCUGACCUUUUUGUAGGGUCACUUCUAGAGAACUUGGAGCUCUUUCCUUCUUCUAUCUUGGCACCACUCUUUUUUAUUAGAAGCUUGGUUGUGCUUGACAUUUCCUCCAGCUCCAUAUAUGGUCAAAUUCCAGUACUCGGGUUUGGUAAUCUCAGCAAGUUGGUUUACCUUGAUAUGCGCUGGAAUAGAUUCAAUGGAUCCAUUCCUCCUCAGCUUUUUCACUUACCAAAUCUCCGGUAUCUCGAUUUCAGUGAUAAUUCACUCCAUGGUAGCCUAAGUCCUAAAGUGGGCUCUCUUCAAAACUUGAGGAUAUUGAAUUUGGCUCACAAUUUUCUUAGCGGAGUUCUCCCUGAGGAGAUUGGAAACCUCACAAAGCUGCAGCAAUUGUCACUUGGAAGCAAUGAAUUUUCAAAUGCCAUUCCUUCUUCAAUUUCGCAUUUGAAAGAGUUGGAAAAAUUAGACUUGGGUGACAAUGUUUUGUCCAUGGAAAUUCCCACUGACAUUGGAAAUUUAUCAAACAUCUCCACUUUGAUAUUGGGGAAUAACAAUUUGACUGGUGGAAUCCCUGCUUCGAUGCGAAAACUGAGCAAGUUGAAUACACUUAAAUUGGAAAACAACUUGCUGACAGGAGAAAUUCCAUCAUGGUUGUUCAAUUUCAAAGGCCUGGAUCACUUGUAUCUUGGAGGAAAUCACCUGACUUGGAAUAACAGUUUGAAGAUAGUACCGAGGUGUAUGCUGGUAACAUUAUCUCUGAGAUCUUGUGCUCUCAGGGGAGAAGUCCCAGACUGGAUUUCCACGCAGAAGAGACUGAAUUUUGUGGAUUUUAGUGAGAACGAGCUCCAAGGAACAUUUCCACAAUGGCUUGCAGAAAUGGAGGUCGCAUAUAUAAUUCUACCAGAUAACAGACUCACAGGUUCUCUUCCACCUGCCCUCUUUCAUUCUCACAGUUUACGGCUCCUUGCUCUCUCCAAGAACAAUUUCUCUGGAGAGCUGCCCAAAAACAUUGGAGAUGCCAACUCCCUCAGGAUUCUUAUGUUGGCUGGGAACAACUUUUCUGGACCUAUUCCUCCAUCAACCUCCCAAAUUCCCAACCUACAAGUGUUGGACUUGUCAAGAAACAGAUUUUCUGGCAACACUUUCCCAGUUUUUGACCCUCAGGGACUGUUGAGCUACGUUGAUUUCUCUUCCAACCAACUCUCAGGAGAGGUUCCAACCGCGUUUUCUCAAUACACUGAAAUUCUUGCACUAGGAGGAAAUAAGUUUUCUGGGGGCUUACCUUCGAACCUGACUAAGUUGAGCAAUCUUAAACGCCUCGAACUCCAAGACAAUUAUAUUUCAGGUGAAUUCCCAAACUUCCUCUCCCAAAUCUUCACUCUGCAAGUUUUGAACCUGCGGAACAACUUCCUUGAAGGUUUAAUCCCUGAAACUGUUUCCAAUCUCAGUAAUCUCCAAAUUCUUGACCUCUCAAACAACAGUCUCACUGGAAAAAUCCCCUUAGGAUUUGUUCAUCUAAUGGGAAUGAUUGAGGCACCAAAUUUGCCAUCAUCAUAUACUUCUAUAUCCAUGAUCUACAUACUGUACUCUGAAGACAUCCGGUCCAACAUUGUGCUCAAUGACUUGAUAGUGAAUUGGAAGAAGUCAAAGCAAGGUCUCUCAAGUCACGACCUUGAUAUGUAUUUUUUGUUAGACCUGUCGAGUAACCAACUGUCUGGUGAAAUUCCAGCCUCGCUAGGUGCUCUCAAGGCUCUGAAGCUACUUAACAUCUCCCAUAACAAACUCUCUGGGAAAAUACCAGCAAGUUUAAGUGAUUUAGAGAAUCUAGAGAGCUUGGACUUAUCCCACAACCAACUCUCCGGUUCAAUUCCUCCAACCCUAACAAAGCUUCAACAACUUGCUAUAUUUGAUGUGAGCAACAAUCAACUGACUGGUCAGAUUCCGAUUGGUGGCCAAAUGGACACAAUGCUGGAUCCCAACUACUAUGCCAACAACAGUGGGUUGUGUGGUAUGCAAAUUCGUGUGCCAUGUCCUGAAGAUCAGUCACCAGCACCAAAGCCACAGGAUUAUGAUAACAAGGAGCCAUGGUUUUUGUGGGAAGGUAUGGGGAUUGGAUACCCAGUUGGCUUCUUGUUAACUAUAGGAAUUAUCUUCCUUGCUGGCCAUUUUAACCCAUCGCCACCUUCAAACAACCACCACCGCCGCCCACACCACUCAAUCAGGCAACGGGUUUGAACCAAAACAGUCCAGGUAGGCUUUUCUGUCAUGGUGAAAGUUUUGGAUUUCCUAAGAUGGUGAAGAACUUUGGUUAAAGCAUAAGCCUUAUAUCAAGUAGAGUUUGGUGGCCCUGUAUUACAAAGCACCUUUCUUAGUGAAAUUCCUGUUGUAGUUCCUUUUGUGAUGUGAUGGGAGCGAAGUGUUUUUCAUGUUAAUGAAUUUCAUGAGAGUGUCAUGGAAGAUUAAUGAUAAGCAUACAAAA